GCCCGGAGAGAACGCGCCCCACCCACCCUUAAGUGCUCCGGGUGGAAACUGACGCCCGCAGCGGCGGGGUUCCGCGGGCGGAAAGGAAGGCAGAGGCGGGAAGGCGGUGCGCCGCCCGCUCUUCCCCACCCCUUGCCUCGGCCCUGACGGGGCUGGAUGGGCAAGUUGGCCGCGAUGGCUCGAGCUCGGGCGGCGGCCGCGGCGGCCGGAGGCGGCGGCGCCUCUCCCUCCUCGCCCCUGCGCCGGCGGUGAUCGGAGCGAGCGGCCGCGGCCCCCGAUGAGACUGUUGGCGGGCUGGCUGUGCCUGAGCCUGGCGUCCGUGUGGCUGGCGCGGAGGAUGUGGACGCUGCGGAGCCCGCUCACCCGCUCCCUGUACGUGAACAUGACGAGCGGCCCAGGCGGGCCAGCGGCGGCCGCGGGCGGCAGGAAGGAGAACCACCAGUGGUAUGUGUGCAACAGAGAGAAAUUAUGUGAAUCACUCCAGGCUGUCUUUGUUCAGAGUUACCUUGAUCAAGGAACACAGAUCUUCUUAAACAACAGCAUUGAGAAAUCGGGCUGGCUAUUCAUCCAAUUAUAUCACUCUUUUGUGUCAUCUGUUUUUAGCCUGUUUAUGUCUAGAACAUCUAUCAAUGGGCUGCUAGGAAGAGGCUCAAUGUUUGUGUUUUCACCAGAUCAAUUUCAGAGACUGCUUAAAAUCAAUCCAGACUGGAAAACCCAUAGACUUCUUGAUUUAGGUGCUGGAGAUGGAGAAGUCACGAAAAUCAUGAGCCCUCAUUUUGAAGAAAUUUAUGCCACUGAGCUGUCUGAAACUAUGAUAUGGCAGCUUCAAAAGAAGAAAUACAGAGUGCUUGGUAUAAAUGAAUGGCAGAAUACAGGGUUCCAGUAUGAUGUCAUCAGCUGCUUGAAUUUGCUGGACCGCUGUGAUCAACCCCUGACUUUGUUAAAAGAUAUCAGAAGCGUCCUGGAGCCAACUAGAGGCAGGGUCAUCCUUGCCCUGGUCCUACCCUUUCAUCCCUAUGUAGAAAACGGUGGCAAGUGGGAGAAACCAUCAGAAAUUUUGGAAAUCAAGGGACAGAAUUGGGAAGAACAAGUGAAUAGUCUGCCUGAAGUUUUCAGAAAAGCUGGUUUUGUAAUAGAAGCUUUCACCAGACUGCCAUACCUGUGUGAAGGCGACAUGUAUAAUGACUACUACGUGCUGGAUGAUGCUGUCUUUGUUCUCAAACCAGUAUAAACAUGUGGGGGCCGGAGUCUUCACAGUCCACCCAGGAAUAUACACUCCAGAAGAGGGUCUGCAUCUGCAAUUAGGAGAAGGGAGGACCUUUGGGGACUGCCAUGCUAAAUAUCAUGUAGGAAUUUAAAAAGCCAAAAUACUAAUUAUUUCUUUGUAGUAUGUAAAAGGAAUGUUUUUAAAAAACAAAAACCCAACUCUUUAAGGAUUUUUAUCAACUCUUUACUCAGUAAUCCAGGUCACACUUCGAUUAUGGAAGAUAUUUUUUAUACUUAAUUGCAGUAGGGACUCAUUCUCAGUCAAAGCAAUAGUCAUGACUUCACAUGGAACCAAUAAAUGGAUUGUUUUUAAUAAAAUGAAGAUUGGCAAUAAAGCUGUCCAUUCAUUUGCAAAUAUUGUUUAAGGUAUAGCCACUGAUACUCUCUCAUGUUUAGAAAUUCUGUCAUUAUUCAAGAAAAUGUUUUUAAUCAUGCUAAUAAACUUUUUUGAAGAUUGA